AUGCCGCAUCGCGACGUCGACGACGUAGUAGCGCAGCUCGACACUGGAAAAGCAGCAGCAACAGCAAGUCCUCAACCAGAACCGCUCGACAACCCUUUCCUCACCCCUCGCAAUGCGGACCCCGGACAGAUCAAGCAGCGGAAGAGAAAAAAGUUACCCAGCUGGCUCGACCACUUCAAUGGCCCGGAUCUCAAAGCACUGUUCAAGUCUUCUGUCGCCGUCUGGAUAGGCACGAUCCUGAUCUUCAUCGACCCCGUUCUAAACAGCUAUGGCCAAGCACUAUUCUUUGCACCAAUCCUCCUCUUCAUCCUCCCCUCCACCGGCGUCGUCCUCAUGUCCGUCCUCGGCGGCGUCUCCGCCAUCCUCGGCAUGGCGCUCGGCUGGGCCUGGGGCGUGAUAACCAUGAAAGCGGCGCUGGCCACCCGUCCCGCCGCCGACACCGCCGCCCAGCUCGCCGCACUCUCCCAGUCCGUAGCAGCAGCCGCGCAGAAGAACAUAUCCAACCCCUCCGCCUCCUCCGGCCAAUCGGCCUACGCGCAGCAGCUGAUCUUCGACGGCGCCAUGCUGGACGCGCGGGUGGUAGCGACGUACUUCUGCAUGCUGGGCCUGUUCAUCUACCUGAUGGCCCGCCUCAAAGCCGCCGCACCGAAGCUGGCGCUGAUCACGCUCUUCGCCAUCAUCGUCAGCGACAUCUUCCUGACCAUCGCGCCGCUGCUGCCGUCGUUCCAGGGCGCGAUUCCGCAGGUCCUGAUCAAGCCGGCCGCGACGGCCAUCGGCAUCAACGUCGUCUGCAACCUGCUCUUCUUCCCGGAGUCGACGUCGCACAUUUGCUUGCGGCAGGUGGGCGAGGUGGUCAGGCCGGUGGGCGAGUUCGUGGGGGCGUAUGCGGCGUUCCUGGCGUUCCACGACCAAGUGUGCGUGAAUGAGGCGCGGGUGGUGAGGAGUAGGCGGGACAUGCUGGUCGCGUUCAAGGCGCUGCAGGCGAACUUGGCGUUCCUCCCGCUGGAUUUCUCGUUCGGCUGCUGGAAGGCGGAGGACGUCGAGUCGCUGAGGAAGCCGCUGGAGGACGUCCUCGCUGCGUUUAUGGGGAUGCUGAAUCUAGCGACGACGCAGUCUGCGUCCGCCGCGGCUGCGGAUGGUGGUGCUCCUGCUGCGUCUACGGAUGCGGCUUCGAGGCCCCUUUCGAGCAGCAGCAGCAGCAGCCUCCCCGGAAGCGUGCCGAUCGUGCAACUGCUCUCCCGUGUCGAGACUGCGGGUGGUGAUCAGGCCGCCGUCGUCGUCGAUCAGCCGCUGUGGGGUGGUCACUUGGACACCUUCCAAACGUCCUCGCAACCGCUCCUCUCCGCCAUCGCCGACACCGUCAGCGCAAUCAUCGAGGGCGUCGAGCUCGCCAACAAGCGGCGCUGGUUCGGCCGCCUCUCCGCCGAGGAGUACGCUUCCGUGCGCCAGCGCCACCGUGCCACCAUCGCGGCGCUGGAGCGGGAGCUCGACGCGUUUUCGAAGCUGAACACGGAGCGGAUUCUCGCGAGGUACGACCAGCGGUUCGACGAGCAUGGAGCGCGGCUGGACGCGGGUGAUAAGAAGGCGAUCGUCUCUGCGGAUCACGCGAAGGCGCUGCUCGCGACGUUCGUGUUCGAGGAGCGCUUGUGCCGGUUUGGCGGCGCGCUGAAGGGGAUGCUGGAGAGGGUGGUGCAGAUCGAGGAGGAGCGGCCGACGCCACGCUUGUGGUUUCCGACCAAGAUCAGGCAUGCGGCGGCGUGGGUGUUUAGUAAAGACGAGGAGACUCUGCAGGCGGCGGAGUCGUCUGACGCUAGCAGCGGCGACGGUCCUGAGGAUGAGAAGAAGGUGCCAGAUGAUGCGGGUGAUGAUACGUUGGAUGCCGAGCAGCUUUUGGCGACGCUGAGGCGGCAUCAUGGGCGGAAGAGGAGAGGUGCUGUUGGGCGGUUUCUCCUGGCGUUGACGAAGUGGUUUGGCAAUGCGGAAGGCAUGUACGCGCUUCGCAUGCUGGUUGUUUCGAUUGCUCUGGCAUUGCCGGCGACCGCCCUCACCAUGUUCAUGUCCGACUUCACGUACUCCUUCAUCAUCCGCAUCGCCGGAACGGUAACAGGUGGCGUCGUCGGUCUGGUUUGCUGGUACAUCGGAGCGGGCAACGGGCCUGGAAAUCCGUACGGAAUGGCUGCAAUCAUGGCUCCCGUGAUCAUUUGCAUCAUGUGGUUCCGUCUUUACGCCCCAUCGGUGCUCCUUCCAGGCGUGAUGCUGGUAUCCGCCACCAUGUUUCUGGUAGUCGGGUACAGUUGGGACGACACCCACAUCCCCUCCUACGGCAACCCAGGCGUCGGCUACGAAAUCUUCUGGCGCCGCAUCCUCCUCGUCGUCAUCGGCUUCUUCGCCGCCGCCAUCGUCACGCUCCUCCCGCGCCCGCCCUCGGCCGCCCGCCACAUCACCAAGACGCUCUCCGCCUCCCUCCGCGCGAACCAAGACAUCCUCGCCCUCUCCGUCCUCGCCUGGCGCCACGCCGUGCAGGGCAAAUCCGUCACUUCGGUUUCCGAAACCGUCACCGCCGCCACCAUCGACACCUUCGAGACGCUCAGCGCCCUCGUCGAACCGAUCCAGCUGCUCCGCUUCGAGUUCUCGUCCAGCGUCUUCGAUUCGGCCACGCUGAUGGCCGUCGUGCGCGCGCACGGCGUGUUCGCCGUCACGCUCGCGCAGCUGCACGCGUACACGGCGAGCCUGCCGCCGGCGUUUCGGCAGCAGUUUGCUGCUGCGAGCGGCGUGCUGGAUGAUGACGGCGUGGUGGUGGGGGAGGUGGUGGCGGUGCUGAAUUUGGUGGGGCAGACGCUGAAGACGGGGGAUGCGCUGCCGGCUGUCCUGAAGCCGCGGAUGGCGGAGCGGAUGGUGGAGAGGAUGCAGCGGGUUGAGUUGGAGCCGGUGAGUAGGGAGAGGGUUUGUCAGAGCGAGUUUAGGAGGUAUUGUGUUGCGCUGAAUUCGUUGCUGGGGAUGAUGGAGGCGUUGGAUGAGUUGGUUGUCGGGGUGAAGGGGGCGGUUGGGGAGACGUAUUCGGUUGGUUUUUCGACGGCGUUGGAGUGA